CCAGAGCCCAGAUCCGCAGCCUGGGCAGGGUCCUGGGCUCUGGUGUGAUGUCCCCUGGGGCCGCCUCCUGGGUCUUCCCCCGGGCUCCCGAGGGGUGCGUGUGGGUGUUCCCUGGGUGGCCUCUUUCCCCGUGCAGCCACGGCCGUGCGCUGGGCACCAGCUCCGGUCAGGCAUCUCAGGAAGAGCCUAAGUCCUUGGGUCCAGAGCAGGGUCUGUCCUGGACCUGCCCGGCCCUGGUCGCCGCCCCUGCCUGGCUCCUGACCUGGGGCGUAUCUGGGGGCGUAGCCCUGGGCCCUGUGGCACCGCCCCUUGAAGUGAAAGCCGGCUGGGCCCAGCGGGCCUGCCAGAGGGACGGGGCUCAGAGAGAGGUGGCGGCGGGGAGCGCAGUGCCACAGGUGAGUACAGGGCGUCUGGACUGGCCCAAGGCCCUAGCAGUACCUGAUGCAGUUGAUAACCUCAGCAUGGCUUUGAACUCAGGGUCUCCACCGGGCAUCGGACCUUACUAUGAGAACCAUGGGUACCAGCCAGAACACCUCUAUCCCACACGGCCACCGCCCAUGGCGCCCAACGUCUAUGCAGUGUAUCCGCCUCAGUACUAUCCACCAGCCGUACCCCAGUACGCCCCGAGGGUCCCUACCCAGGCCUCAGCACCCGUCAUCCACCGGCAGCCCGAGUCCCCGGGGACUUGCACCAGAAAGACGAAGCGGAUAGUACUACUCUUCCUGGUCCUGGGCGCUGUCCUGGUGGCCGUGCUGCUGACCAGCGUCCUGCUGUGGAAAUUCCUGGGGAAGCGGUGUAUGGGGUCCGGAGUGGAGUGCAGCAGCUCGGGGGUCUGCAUCAGCCCCUCUCUCUGGUGCGACGGCGUCAUGCAGUGCCCCAACGGGGAGGACGAGAGCCGCUGUGUUCGCCUCUACGGACCCAACUUUGUGCUUCAGGUCUACUCGUCGCAGAGCAAGUCCUGGUACCCUGUGUGCCAGGACAACUGGAGCGAGAGCUACGCGCGGGUGGCGUGCGCGGACAUGGGCUACAAGAACAGCUUUUAUUCUAGCAGAGGAAUUCAAGAUAACAGCGGGGCAACAAACUUUAUGAAGCUCAACAUGAGCGCUGGCAACACUGACCUCUACAAAAAACUGUACCUGAGUGACGCCUGCUCCUCACAGAGCGUCAUCUCCCUGCGCUGCAUAGAGUGCGGCGUCCGCUCGACCAGCCUCCAGAGCAGGAUCGUGGGCGGCUCGGCAGCCUCACCGGGCCAGUGGCCGUGGCAGGUCAGCCUGCAGGUGCGGGGCAUCCACGUCUGCGGAGGCUCCAUCAUCACCCCCCAGUGGAUCGUGACGGCCGCCCACUGCGUGGAAGAGCCGCUCAACAUUCCCCAGUACUGGAUGGUGUUCGCGGGCAUCCUGAGCCAGUCCUUCAUGUUCUACGGAGACGGCCACCGGGUGGAAAAAGUGAUUUCGCACCCGGAUUAUGACAUUAAGACCAAGAACAAUGACGUCGCACUCUUUAAGCUGCAGGCACCGCUGACUUUCAACGACAAAGUGAAGCCUGUGUGUCUGCCCAACCCUGGCAUGGCACUGGACCCUGACCAGCAGUGCUGGAUUUCCGGGUGGGGUGCCACCUCCGAGAAAGGGAAGACCUCGGAAGUGCUGAACACCGCCUGGGUGCCCCUCGUGGAGCGCUCCAAGUGCAACGCCAAGUUCAUCUACAACAACAUGAUCACGCCAGCCAUGAUCUGUGCGGGCUUCCUGCAGGGCACCGUCGACGCCUGCCAGGGUGACAGCGGAGGGCCGCUGGUCACAUUGAAGAAUGACGUCUGGUGGCUGAUCGGGGACACGAGCUGGGGGGCCGGCUGUGCCAAGGCUUACAGCCCCGGGGUGUACGGGAACAUGACAGUAUUCACAGACUGGAUCUACCAACAGAUGCGGGUGAACAGCUGAUCCGUGGGCUCCACCCUGACGUCCAGCACAAGGAUGCGGGGGGCUGGCCUAAUGCCCUGCAGCGCCCCUUCCUCUCAGUAAACAGUGAUUGCUGACCGCA